AUAACUGGUCUAAGAAGCUGUAACUGACGAACUGGCAAAAGUGGCAAAGGCAAAAUGGCGAUGGCGAUUUGGUUUUUGUAAAUUAGAACAUUAGAAGAGAUGGUAAUUGAAUAUUGUAUCAAAUAAUCUUUUGAAAGUUGUUCUUAUCAUUAGCUUCUCACUUUAUGAUAAACGUGAAAAUAUCUACACACAGUAAACUUGGUCAGUGAUUUUGUGAUAUCUUCGAUUGAAAUUGGAAAUGGUGAAUGUUAUAUCAGGCAUUGAUCUUGCUCGUCUACCUGUGAACGAGGAAGAGCAUAAUUUUGGCUCCUGGAAUAUAAAAUACAAAAGUAGUCAUAUCCUUCACUCAAAAUGUAUUGAAGCCGAGUGCUCAAAAGAUGAUUCUUCCAAAUGCUGUAUCUUUUGCAAGUAACUGGACUGAAUUAUAAACAAAAACUAAUUGAACUAUGAAAAACUUGAGUGGUGGAGUGCUUUGUCAUUUGAAAGUGGUUCGUAAGUAGAUUCUAAACAGUGAUUAUUGUUCUGCUACCAGUGACUAUUGUGCGUUGAUUACCAAUUCUUCAACAUGUCGGUCUCCGCAAUCUACAUUUUGGACGUGAAAGGAAAGGUGUUGAUUUCUCGGGACUAUCGAGGGGACAUUGAGUUGGGUGUUAUAGAAAAGUUCAUGCCAUUGCUGAUGGAAAAAGAGGAGGAGGGUCAUGGUAUGACUCCCGUUCUUCAAACAAGUGAAUGCACAUUCUCAUAUAUUAAACACUACAACUUAUACAUUGUGUCGACUACAAAAAAGAAUGCCAACAUUGCUCUUGUAUUUGUUUUUCUUCAUAAAAUUGUUCAAGUGAUGACGGAAUACUUCAAGGAAACCGAAGAGGAAAGUAUUCGAGAUAAUUUUGUUGUUAUCUAUGAGCUUCUUGAUGAGUUAUUAGACUUUGGUUACCCUCAGACAACGGAUAGUAAAAUCCUUCAAGAGUAUAUCACACAAGAAGGUCAUAAGUUGGAGAUUCAACCUAGGAUACCUAUGGCAGUGACAAAUGCCGUAUCUUGGAGAUCAGAAGGCAUAAAGUACAGAAAGAAUGAGGUGUUUCUAGAUGUGAUAGAAUCGGUGAACUUGCUGGCUAAUGUUGUUGGAAGUGUGCUUAGAAGUGAAAUAGUGGGAGCAAUCAAGAUGAGAGUGUACCUGUCAGGGAUGCCAGAGCUCAGACUGGGUCUCAACGACAAGGUGCUAUUCGAGAGCACUGGUCGAGGCAAGUCCAAGUCAGUCGAGCUCGAAGAUGUCAAGUUCCACCAGUGCGUUCGACUGUCAAGAUUCGAGAAUGAUAGAACAAUAUCUUUCAUUCCGCCCGACGGAGAGUUCGAGCUGAUGUCAUACCGGCUGAACACACACGUGAAGCCGCUGAUCUGGAUCGAGUCGGUGAUCGAGCGGCACGCGCACAGCCGCGUCGAGUACAUGAUCAAGGCCAAGUCGCAGUUCAAGCGCCGAUCGACAGCCAACAAUGUGGAGGUGGUGAUCCCGGUGCCGGCCGACGCCGACUCGCCCAAGUUCAAGACGACUGUCGGCAGCGUCAAGUACGCCGCCGAGCAGAACGCCAUCAUCUGGACCAUCAAGUCGUUCCCCGGCGGCAAGGAGUACCUGAUGCGCGCUCACUUUGGCCUGCCCAGCAUCGAAUGCGAGGACUACGAAGGCAAGCCGCCCAUCCAAGUCAAAUUUGAAAUACCCUAUUUUACAACGUCCGGCAUCCAAGUCAGGUAUCUCAAAAUUAUUGAGAAGAGCGGUUAUCAAGCUUUGCCAUGGGUUCGAUACAUUACUCAAAAUGGAGACUAUCAACUAAGAACCAAUUAACGUCUUAAUUUGAUUGACUGAAACAUUAAUGAUUUUAUCAAAUAUAGUCAAGGCAAUUUUUUAUGAAUGAAAUGCUAUUAUUGACACUAUAAUUCAUUUUUAUUCUCAGUGUGUUGUAUGUAUUAAUAUUAUCUUUAUCCAGUAUAUCUUGAAAAAAUGUUAUUUAUUUAAUAAAAUACAAUUGAAAAUGAAAUAUUUCUUAUAGCAUUAAUUUUAGAAUGGUUUUUAUUCUUUAUUAUAUAAUAAUUAUAUCGUGAAGUCAUCUCUGGGAAAUAUCACCGGUUGCUAUUUUCUAUGUAGACUCCAUCUUAUUAAUUAUAUUAUUAGUAUGUGAAUUAGUUAUUGCUCGAAAAAUUAUUGUUUGACAGACAUCAGAUAAUUCCUUACUUUCGAAAUUAUAAAUAUUAUUUUUGAAAAUACUGUUAAAGUUAUAAGUGCCAUUAAAAUAAUACUAGCUUCACAAUCUUGGUUUUAUGAAAGCUAAUCAAUUUUAAAGUACGGUACAGGAGAAACUAGCCAAAAUGAAUAAGAUUGAUUCAUCAUAAAACUCAAUGAUAAAAGAAGCACCAAUAGUCCAAAAUGAUAUUUCGUUAUAUUAUCUAUCUAACCUGAUUUGAAAUAGAAAUGGACAAGCAAUUGAUACGCACUUUUAUUUGGAAAUAAGUGGAUUACUUAUUUGUUUAAUUAGUGGAAGAAAUUGUUUAAUUCGCGGUACCAACUAUUUUCCGUUUGUGCUACCACAGCUUGUUCCAUCCACAUAAAUUUACUUCAAUUCUUGGUAGUCUUGUAGCUACUACACAAUACUUACACUAUAAUUUAUUUAUUUGAGGAUUUGCAUUGUAAAUGCUCCAUCUACAUUUUCUAUUUGGGUAUUCUUUCUAUUAUUAGAAAAUUAUUUGUAAUUAGUUUUACUUUUCUUAUCAUUCUUUAAAACUAGAUAGAGUAUUAUUAUCGUUAGUGGAAGUUUACUCAAAUUGCAAGUGCAUUAAUGAUUACUAUGACAUUCGAUAAAACCUGCUUACCAAACGUCUUGCACAUUUACCUAUAGUGUUCAAUUAAUGCACUUUUAAUCAUGAAUGAGUUAAUAUUGUGUCAAGAUCAAAACUAUAUUCAUUAUUGUACAUUCAAUUUUAUAAUUCAUAAGAGCAGUAGAUUUCCAAUAUUUUGACAUUAAAAAAAUUAAGUUUCUUAUUGCAUUUAUGCAAUUUAUUUAUUUGAUGGAAUGUAAGCCGUUUCAAGCUUAAAGUAUGUCAACAUUUCAAAUUGGAAAAAUAUGUCAACAUUUUCAAAAAAAAUUUUUUUAAUUCUAUCUCUUAGUUGAGUCAAGUUAUAACGAAAAUAUUCUAAUUUAAUCAAUGACUCAUUACUUUUAACACUUUAGUCUUAUUGUAAGUUACGACAGAGUUUAUUAAAUAAAUUUUAUAUUCUCGAUAAAUAUAUUAUUAUUUCUAUUAUUUAAGCCAAUUUAUGAUUAAAUUGUAACACAGUAUAGUGUUGAUAGAAUUAAAUUAUUGCUAAUACCCAAAGUUGAGGCUUCUUACUUAAUGUUGAAAAAUGGUGGCAGAAUAAUUCUUAUCUUUUAUUGUUAAUUUAUAAUUUCUAUAUUGUAAAAUAAUUUUACAAUAUAGAAAUUAAAUAUUGAUAGAUACAGUGAACAUUUUAUAUUGAAACCUAGGUGUCUUGAAAACAGUAUUUUAUAAUAGUUCAUUGUAAUAUUUAUUUGCAAGUAUUAAAUACUGAUUCGGCAUCGGAUGUUUUGAAAAUAAUGUUAAUUUUGAAAUAUGUUAAGUUCAUGACUCAUUUAAUCAAUAAAGUGUUUCAUGGUCAUUGAAUAUUUUUGAUUACAUAUUGACUUCGCCUUUAUUUUGUCAAGUUUUGCUUCUAAUAAAUUGUGAUACCGUA